AUGUCGACCGCGCUCGGAGGCGCGGUGGCCACGGUCAUGCCCGUGCAGACUGGGGCGAACAUCCUUGGUAACAUGUUCUGGCAGACCAUCCUGGGCAUGAAAUACUACAACAAGAGCAUGCGCGUUGGCACCCUUGUGCUGGUUCUCUCCGUGGCAGAGCUGUCAGAAAUUGGCCCGAAUGAGCCAGCCGAGCUCCCGGUGCUGGAGCUCAUGUCAGAACCUAUCGCUAUUGCUUGGACCGUGUUUCUGGCUUUGAGCACGUUGGUAGCGGUAUAUGGGACAUACAAAACCUACCGCUACCCAAUCGACUCGACCGCGAAGCUUCUGUGCUUCGUGUCCGUGGUGACGCUGACCACCGUGAUCGGGGCCUCAGUCGGAAAGUUCUUCCUGUUGGUGAAGGGUGCGGCCCUCGCCUGUGUGAUUUGCCUGUACUUUUUGGAUGGAGUUUUCUGCAUGACGUUCACGGUGCUGGCCAACGCCCAGUGCGACGUGGCAAUCUAUGUCCCUGCACAGCUGUCGUCCCAACUGAUCGUCAACAUGCUCACAGGAUACUUGGUUUGGGGCGACUCCAAGUAUGUGGAGCACCCAACUGCCUACCUCCUUGUCUACGGCCUUUGCAUCAUGGGCGUUUACCUGAACAGCGAGAUGGACAUCAUCGGUGACUGGACGAGAUCUUACAGCAUCCGGAACUCCAUGCUCUCGGAGGGCCGGGCCUACAGCCGCUUUGGCCACUCCGUGCUCACAUU